UCGAGACGAUACAACCCCUCUAAGUCAAAAGCCUGAAUCUCUUGCGCCCACGGAAUGGAAAAAGGAUAGGGAGGCCUACCUUUUGCCACUGCUCAACUACAUUCGCCGUACUUCGAGUACGCUCGUUUUGAACUUCUUGUUCGACUGGACGCAAAUAAUUCGCCAUCCCGUGGGCUCAUUGACGGCUCUAGUGGCAUAUCCGUUAGCAUCUAGUAUUAUGGUCCUAGUUUCUGCGGGAUUUCAUGCGGCUAGUCACAUCGAUCCCGGACUUGUACGCCCAAAAAUGCUGGAUUACGACAGUAUCAAACAAGAACUUGUUGAUGCGGCCGGUGACUUUCUCCAAGACACGUUUGGACUCAAAUACGACGACUUCCUAAAGAUAACCCAUUACAACAACUACAAAGACCCCCGCUACAUGCGUCCUUCUUUCAACAUAGAUGUUGCCGAAUUGAUGUUGAUCCUCUCGGCUCUCAUGUACGAACGUGAAGAACCCGCUAAUGGAGUCUACCCUAGCGAGGACAUCCAAUUGGAGUACUAUACCGCUUAUAUUCGUAACCAAGCCCAAAAAUGGGGUUUACGAUUCAAAUCACUAUCCGAAUUGGGAACAAACGCGAGUCCAUUCUGUGGCGCGUUCUAUGAUCGGAAUAAGAAAUUUAUAGUUAUCGCGUUCAAGGGAACGACACCGACCGACUUUGCCGAGUGGGCUGUUGAUGCUACUUUUAUGCGGACCGAUGGCAAAACACAACUGUUUGGUGAAGUGCAUGAGGGAUUCUAUAGACUGCUAUUUGGAAACGAGAAGAAUGGGCGUUCAAAGAUGAUUGAGAGUUAUUCCUAUAGGAAUAUCUUGAAAAACUUGCUUGAUAUUAUAAAUGAUAUUCAGACCACCGAGGGAAGAGAAGCCAGCAUUAAUAUCUGGGUUACUGGGCAUUCAUUGGGAAGUGCUCUUGCAAGCCUGUUCUAUGCGAGGUUGAUGCGCAGUCCUGCUGAUCUGCCAGAUGACUGUAUUUUAAGAGACGCGUACGUCUUUGGGACGCCCUGCAUAGGCAAUGAAGACUUUGCCGCCAACUUUGCCUCGCUUUGUAACACACCAUCUAAUCGUUUUAAUACAUGCUGGCGC